AAAAUUGAAAAAAUAAAUGAAUCAAAAAAUGUUGAAAAUAUAUCGGCGAUUGAGAAAUUAGAGUUUGAUUUAUUUAGAGGUGAAAUACCCACUAAUAUUAAUGAUCAAUGUUUACAGUUAUGUAAAGAUUAUCUGUCGGGUGAAUGGAUUCAACAAACAGUGGACACCAUUACUGUCACACCUAUUACGGGUGGACUCACUAAUCAAAUAUAUUAUUGCGGUAUUAAUGAAUCAAAUCAGACAUCAAAUGUACCACAAGAAGUGGCGGUUAAACUUUAUGGAGAAAAAUAUGUGAAAACCGGUAGCGAUAACUAUGAAAGACUUAAUGAUGUCAUUAUUGAUUUAAUGGUAUCUGAAAAUCAGCUUGGUCCUAAAGUGUAUGCUAUAUUUGAACAUGGUCAAAUUUUAAAGUAUUAUAAACACAAGCAGUUUCUAAUUGAAGAGCAAAACGAUCCCAAACUGGUUGAUGAAUUGUUCCGCAAAUUGGCCCGAAUUCAUGCCAUGGAUGUGCCCAUCAAACGAACCUAUAACUGGGCUCUCAAAGACUUAGAUGAUUCCUAUAGUGCGGUAUUUGAUAGUAAUAUCGAUAUCAACGAAAUGUUUAGAAAAUAUAAAUGCGAAUCAUUAUUAUCGGCUAAUAUGAAAAGUGAAAUACAAUUGAUUAAGCAAUUGAUAGCAAAAGCCGACAGUCCUGUUGUUUUUAUUCACAAUGAUUUCCAUGCAUGUAAUAUAUUGGUCACCGAUCGGGUGGACAAUAUUAACGGUCAGAUUGUUGUCAUUGAUUUUGAGUACUCUUCGUACGGUUUCCGUGGUCUUGAUUUUAUAGCACUAAUGUUAGAGUGGAGUCGCAAACCAUUUGAUUUCAGUGUCGACGGCAUACCACACAACGAUUCAUUGGUCCGACCAUUGAUUGAAAUAUAUCUAAAUGAAUGCCAAAUAAUUUAUGGCAAACAAUAUUCAGCCGAUAAACGCAAUUCUGUUGAUCACAUUAUCAAUGAAAUAAAAUUAUUUCAUUUGAUUUGGUGUUUGAUCGAUACAAUUGUUAUGUUGAAACUGGAUUUAACAAACAAAUCAUUUUUCAAUAAUAUACCGUUUUCAUAUCCGGAAAUGUCAUUCAAAAACUAUUUGACUCUUAAGAAACGCUAUGAAGAGAUGAAGAUUAUUUAA